AUGAUCCAGCCUUACCUCCCGUUCUUGCCGAGCAGCAAGGCGCUGAUCCAGGACUAUUUGGCACAGUGCCCUGGUCUUCUUCGCGAAGCUUUUGUUGAAGCUCUUUCGGGAACUAUUCAUUCUUUCCCUUCUUUCCAGUCGGGCACCCCUGGAGAUGUUCGCCUCGCCCACACACUACUGGUAGAAUGGGAGGCUAGUGACUCCACAGCACGAAGUCCUGUUGCGAACCUGGUUUUCCUUCAGACCCUCCUCCUGAUGAUUAUUGAGGCAGACAACCGACCUUUGGGCUCCAUCGGUGCACCCAAAGAAUCACUCCUCGGGAGAGCAGUGGCGAGUUCCAAUGCCCUGAAGCUCUAUCAGGCUAAGGCGGACUUGUCCGAGGCUGAAGCUGGAUCAGAUACCGAGAGUCAGCUUCGCGUCAGAAUCUGGUGGUCAUUGGUCAUGCUUGACCGAUGGAACGCACUGGGCGCUGCAGUGCCCUCAUUGAUUCGUGACGAGAGCGUCGUUGUUUCAUCCAGCUUAAGAGUGGUUGUUGGAGAGGUCCAAUAUCUAUUGAUCCGCGCCUCAAAGUUUUUGAGCCGUGCAUCGGUUAUGAUCACCAACUUCCAAGAACCCUUGAAUUCGACCUUUGCCGAUCGUAUGGUAGGCUCUUUCAUGGACGCCUGGGUAGAGGACUUCCGUGAGGACCUGCCCGCUCACAUUGAGGCUGGCUCAUAUCCUGUCGUCCAUUUAGUCUACUGGCACUGUCGCUUGCUAGCUUACCUGCUCAACCCCUCCGCCAAAUCGACGGAUGCCCUCUGGCCUAGCCAGGAGUUGAUUAACUUACUCGUCAGCCACUCACAACUCAUCACGCCCUUGCACCAUCAUUUCACUGUGCUUGCUGUCUUGACGCUGAUUGAGCUUGCAAAGGUGGACAGGACAAAGGAGGAUGCUACACGGCUUCUUAGUGAAUACCGUGAUUCGUCACUGCCAGCGUCAGUCUUUGACGGCUUGGUCCGGGACAAAAUUGCCGACCACCUGCGUCCGUCUACUAGUACCGCUGCGGCUUCGGCUCCGUCAGCAAUGGAGGCGGCUGCAAGUCAGGGUCUACAACAUUUGGCCGAUUUGGCGACGCUCUCAUCGGCCGCCGUGGAUAAGACAGAGGGCAACCACACAUACCGCACCGCACCGAACUAUGAAGAUAUGGGCUUCGACCCUCGGCCACUUUUACUUGUCGGUUACCUCAAUGUUGUCCGUGCAACCCAGCAGACAGCUUAG